GUGGAUAUGGCGCUGGCAGAUUCGGAGUGUAACAAGCAUGAGAAUUCCGAAUUGAGAUUGUCAUGUUUCUGUAACAAGGCUUUAGUCAAUGUUGGUGCUGAUUUGGCAAAACUAGUUCCUGGCCAAGUGUCCACUGAGGUAGAUGCACGUCUUGCUUAUGACACGCAUGGAAUUGUAAGGAAGGUACUGGCUUUUCUUUGUAACUCAACUUUUUUCCUUUUUCUUUUCAAAGAUGAUGCUAAAGCAUUGGAAUUCUAUUAGCUUAUAACUGAUGUUCAAGAAUGAUAUGUUGG